AUGCAAGCAAAGCGGCAAAUGGAAACCAGCCAAUCCAUUUUAACCUGGGAAACAGAAAUCACCACAAGCCUCAACAACCGAGUAGUCCUUUUUAACUCCUAUGACUUUGUUGCCGCUGGAGAUAGGAAAAAAUUCGUUGUUACAGUAGCUGGUGCUGCUUACAGCGAUCUACCGAAUAUACAAGUGCGCUAUCUUCCAGGAAUCCAUACGGAUCUUUCCUGCAUUUUUGAUGAAGACUUUGGUGCAACAACAACGACCAUGACCUCCUCCUCGACGACAUCCACAACAACCUCCACAACGACGGAAACAACCGACGGGACAACAAUGGAGCCAACAACAACAGAAGCACCAUGCGCCGACGACCCCAAUUUCUGUCAAGGAAAAGCUGAUGGCAACUACCGCCACUGCAAGUGCAAGAAAUGGUACCAAUGCUACCAACUCGGGCAGACGAAGAUCAACACUUGCGCUGCUGGAACUCUUUGGAAUGGGAACAUCUGCGACUGGGCAGCUAAUGUCAAUACAAAUAACUGUGAGCUUUGA